AUGGCUAUACAGAACUUGCAAGGAAGUCUCAACGAUGAAGAAAGUUUGGGAGUCAUAUCACUGGGCGUGUUAUCCGGGGCUUCUAUCCUGUCGGGUAUUCUGGCCCCGCUGAUAGUGACACAGCUUGGUGUCAAGAGAGUGAUUAUGUACUCCUUCAUCGGUCACCUCAUCUACACGGCGUCCAACUUCUACCCCUCCUUCGCAACCCUCAUUCCGUCAUCCGUCAUCAUCGGGAUUGUCACGGGGCCCUUGUGGUCUUGUCAAGGCAUUUAUAUGACAGUGUGUGCAGUGUCCUAUUCCCAGCGAACCGGGACCCAAAUGUACGCCUCGCUCAGUAGGUUUAACGGGAUUUUCUGGGCUAUAUUUGACCUGUCAAGCAUUAUCGGAAACCUCGUGUCAUCCUUUGUCCUCUAUCAAAGCGAGUACAACAUAACGGUGGGGAACUCGUCAGCCUUCUGUGGAGUAAACGACUGCCCUGAUUCAGAAACACAAGAUAAAAUCGCUGACCCUGAGUUCUACAUUGUGUACAUCCUGCUGAGCAUAUUCCUUGUUUUGUAG